AUAAAUAUUAAUAUUAAUUAGAUAAGAAAGUUUUAUUUACUUAUUCUUUUUAAUUUAUAUUAAUGUUUUAAUUAAAAUAAUAUCAUGUCUAGUCAUGAUAGUUCACGUACCAGAAGCUCUACAGUAAAAAAAAAAAAGCAAUUGACCGAAGAUGAACUACAUUACAAAUUACAAAGAACUAACAAGAUAGUAUUGAUAUUAUUUACUGUAAUUUUCAUUAUUUCUCUAAUACUCACACUAAUUAUCGGGUGCACAUAUUCUGAAUCAGUGGCUUAUAUCUCUAUCAUGCAGACAAUUUUAAUUGGAGUAACUGCAACACUUUAUUAUAAAUAUACUACUUAUUAAAAUCAUUAGUCAUAAUUAAUAAAAAUAAAAGACACAGCAUCCAAAGAUUUGAUAAUUUAAUUUCUAUUAUUUAUUUCAUUGUCCAAAUUUAUGAAAUUCCAUUUAUUAAUUAAAAGCAUAGACACAUAAUGAUGAUAAUUGUUCUUGUAUUACUUAAAAAAUUAUUAAAUUACCAUCAAUUUAUUCCCAAUGACGUAUAAAAUUAUUUUAUAAAUUUUUCACAAUUUGAAUUAUUUAACUUCCCGCCUUUUUUUUAAAUAUGCGCGCGCAUUGUUGACAGUUAAUUUGGAUUCAUUUUUUUGUUUGUCUGAGGACAAUUAUUUGUUUGCACAUUUGUUUAAGUUAAUAAUUGUUAAAAAUGAUUAAUUAUUAAUUACUAAUUAAAGUGGAUAAGAAAUAAAAAUUUCAAAUUAUCAGCUGUUAUUUAAAAUAUUUAUUUAAUAGCAAUUGUUUAUUUAAAUUAAUAAAAAUGCGCAAAGUUCCCAACCCACCAACGAACGCACCACGUGCUAGCAAACCACGACCCGGUAACCUAAAUUCGACUAUGAUGGCACCGGGAUCACCGAAAGCUAAGACUCUUUCUAGGAGAACUAUGAUGCCCAGUGGAUUAUCAACUACGAUAGCAUCCUCGUCGUUAAAUUCUACUGUAUCUAGUAUUCCACCUGAUGAUAAUUACGUCACCACCAUGGCCUACACGGAUUAUAAUUAUUCAAAACUGGUGCAGCAGACACAAAUAAUGGAAGGAAAAAAACGCGCUGAUGAAAUUGUUAACCAAAUAGUUUCCAUUCAAAUGGAUUAUGAUAAAGCAUGUCUCAAAUUAAAUGAAUAUAAAAUGAGGAUUAAUGAUGUUAGAGCUUUUAAUGAAGGUCAAAAUAAAAUUGACUCCGAAAUUGAGAGUAUUGACAGUCAUCUUGGUGCUAAUUAUGAAAAUGCGAUGGGACAUUUGAAUCGCAUAAAUUCAAAACUACAGUCGGCUAAUAAAUUAGUUUGUAAAAAUAUAAAAAUAUUUGAGGAUGAUGAAGAAUGGGAACUUAUAAAAAGUUUAAUUAAAAAAUGCAAUGAAUUAUUAACUACUAUCAUGAGUUCCAGUGAAAAAUUUGAUCUCACCAUCAAAGUUGAUAAUAAUUAUGAUGAAUUUUUAAAUUUAUUUAAUCCUGUUAGAAAACAAUUAAUUAUAGUACACGAUCACCUGGAAAUGCUUCAAGCGGAUACGAUAAAAAAAAUGUCUUCGUAUUUAGAUCAAUAAUUACCUAAUUACUUUAAAUAAUUAAAACUAAUUAAUUUAAUAAUUACAUUUAGGAAUUUGAGAUGAGAAUUACCGAUGAGUAUUUAAAAAAAAAAGAUACAAAUGUACAU